CUAGGCGCCGCUCAUCAAAAUUUAAAUUUUCACUUUCCUCUUCUUCGUCACUCACUUCCCCCCCUCCCCCCUCCACAAGCUCUGCAAUUUCACAAAAAUGGCGAGCACAAAUCACAACGAUCUCUUCACAUCUCUAAUCUCCGAAAUCAAAUCUUACUCCGGCAACGACCCUCUUUUUCCAUGGCUCAGCGGAGUUCGAAAAAUGAAAGAAACUUUACCACACCACCUCCUCAAAGAGAAGCUCCCUCGAUUCCUUCAGAAAUGCGCCAAGACUUUCGAUUCCGAUCGCCGCUACCGCAAUGACCUCCGAUACCUCCGCAUUUGGUUGCAAUUGAUGGAUUAUGUAGAUGAUCCGAAAGCGUUGUUGCGGACUAUGGAGACGAAGAAGAUUGGGAAGAAGCGGUGUCUAUUUUAUCAGGCGUAUGCGCUUUAUUAUGAGAAGAUUAAAAAAUUUGAUGAUGCUGAAAAAAUGUAUCUUUUGGGGGUUCAAAACCUUGCAGAACCUUUUGGUGAAUUGGAGAAAUCAUAUGAACAGUUUAUACAACGGAUGAAACGGCACAUGAAUAAGAGACUUCAGUGUGGGGAGAGGAGAACUAAGAGACCUUUGUCAAUUUCUUUCACUACUGGCCCAACUUGCAGCUCUGGGGAGAAUAAAGAAAAUUUAUGCAAGGUUAAUGGAAAUUCUGAAGUACCCUUGAUCAAGAAAUCUUCCUUUAAGAAACAGCCUGUCAAUUCUAGGAGCAUAUUAACCGAUUGUCCACAAAAUAUGGUAAAGAAAGGUGCUGAAAGCAAGUUAUACAGAGAUGAUUCUGUUGUGACCAAGUUCGUGGAUUCUGCAAUUGUUGGAAGAUCUGAAACAGAAGAUGCCUGUCAUCAUGGCCUCGUAGAACCUACCAUAAACAUGAAAGAGGCCAUGAAUGCAAUAAAUAGCAUGUUUAAAGAACCUAUUGAGACUGCAAAUGCUGUUCGAAGAACACAUAGAGAGAAACCCAAGGUAGAUCAAAGCAGAAGCACUGUACUUGAGGUGUUUAUUGAUGAUGAUAAUCAAGAUAAUGUAGUUAGAUCAAGUAAUCAAAACGACAAGGAAAAUUUUCAAGUGCCACAAAAUAAAACAGAGCAGCCUCCCCAAGAACCAUUCAAGAUAUUUGUUGAUGAUGAGUCAAACAAUGAUUCGGAACCAAGUGAGUCUCAAACAUUAACAGAUGGUUCCCCAUCAUCUUCUUCAAGAGUCGAUGCAUUUGUGUUUUUAAGGCCUCGAGAUCACCUAUCAGGGUCUUCCAAUGAGAUGAAAGUGGAGAAAUCAUCUAGAAAAACCAGAACCAAAUUUAGGGAGGACACAGUUGUUCAUAGAUUUGUUGGUUCAGCUAUUCUAGAUGAUCCAGAGGUGGAAAAUAUCUGCCACCACGGGUUGGUGGAACCAACCGUUAACCUUAAAGAAGCUAUGGAAGAUAUCAAUGGCAUGUUUGGGAAGCCAAUAGAUUUUGUCAGGACCACCAGAAGGAAAAGACAGGCACAAGCAACAGCUGCCUCAGGUAAAAAUGAUUUUGGUGGGUUUUCAAUACUUGCAGAUGAUGAAUUUAAUACUUCGGAAGGUCCACAACUACCUCCACAAAAGUUUUCAAGCAAAAAUAACCACGAUUUACAACAUGAACCAACGAUCUUUACAAGAGAAGCUAUGGAUGAUAUAAAUAACCUCUUCAAAAUGCCUCUGGAUUUUUAGGCAUGCUUCAUUUUAGGGGUUAAUAUUUUGUUGUUGUAUUGGACACCCUCUGGUGCCGCCUUCCUCAAACGGUCAAAUUUGAAAUCAAUGGAUUGAUAUUCUAUUCUA